AUGGUUGAGCGGUUAAAUCUAAAGAUUUGGCUACCAUUCUUGGCCUUAUUGUUGGCCAAUAUUCAGGACAGUUAUAGCUAUCAGCUGGCAAAAACAGUGCUGCAGCAGCUAAAUGGAAAUGGUUCCCAAUUCGAUGCAUGGACGCAGGAGUUAAGUGAACAACUCAGCCAGGAGGAGCAGCAGCGUAUGGCUUGGAAUGUCCAGUUUCUGGAGAAUUCCGGAGAGGACUUAGGAGAGAUGCAAAAACGACUUAAUCCCCAUAAUCAAUUCAAACUCUAUCUUUGGAUGAGUUUUUAUUGGCAACUGCGACGCUCAAAUCGACUUGGAAGCGAUCAAAGAUUAUUGCCACAUUUUGCGAUGACUCUGCGUCAGCUGCGAAAGGAUCAGGAACCACAUUGGAACAGUCUUCAACUGCAAAAUAUGUUGCAGAGUUUGCCCAGAUCCCUAAGAGAUUUGGUUAAGAGUCGUUGGUUCUGCCUGAAGCAUGACCGGGAUCAACUUUAUGUCUUGCCGAAUGGAGUUGUGGAACUAGGCGCCAACAGCAACUGCAGCAUGUGGCAAGCGGAGGAGUUACUGCAGACUGCUAACUACUGGUUACGUUUGCGCAAUAUCUGCGAGUUGCAUGCAACAUGGUUCAUCAACAUGCUGCAGUAUAACAAAUCGGGUACAUAUAUGUUAUUGAAUACAACCGACACUAAUUCCAGCAUUUAUUGCAUUCGGAAUGGAGAAGGCUACCUUCUGCGCAAGGAUCAAAUGGAAGACCAUUUGGAAAACGAUUGCCAUUGGCAGCUAAAUGAUUGCACUCAAUUGCCAAUGAUGUUGAGGAGAUAUUAUAAAGUUUAG